CAACUAGGCCCACAGAAUUGGCAUUAUAAAGACUCAAUUCAGCUUAAGUGUGACUACCACCAGUGCCCAUAUCAAUCCAUACUUUCUCUAUCCAAAAUGGCUCUUCCGAUAUCGAUUUCAACCCUUCUCAUCCAAGUAACCUUUCAUGGUAUCAUCUUGAUCCCACUCUUCCUCUCUCUCUCAUUUCCAAGCAAUGCUUCAGCCCUUGCGCUUGGUAAUGACACGGAUAUAGCAGCAUUGCUUGAAUUCAAGUCACAAAUGUUUGAAGACCCCAACGGGGUAUUCUCCUCUUGGAACAAUUCUCUCCAUUUCUGCAAUUGGGUUGGAGUCACUUGUGGCCUUAAACACCAAAGAGUCACCAGUUUAGAUCUCCAAAAUGACAAUUUGGUAGGGACAAUAUCGCCCGCCAUUGGGAAUCUCUCUUUUCUUCGGACCCUUAAUCUCGGAGCCAACUCUUUCCGCGGUGACAUUCCCCAAGAGCUCGGUCGCUUGUUCAGGCUUCAAAACCUGAACUUGAGCUUUAAUUUUCUAGAAGGGGAAAUCCCUGCCAAUCUGUCUCACUGUUCAAACCUUGUAUAUCUUUUGUUGGACCAUAAUUAUCUAAUCGGCCACAUUCCUCCUCAACUUGGCUCAUUGCCUAAUCUAGUAAUGCUAUAUUUGAAAAACAACAAUCUCACGGGAAAUUUCCCAGCUUCUAUAGGCAAUCUCACUUCUCUCAGAGAACUAUACUUAUCGUACAAUUACAAUUUGGAAGGAGAAGUUCCGGGUUCGAUUUCCCAAUUGACAAGCUUGACAAUGCUGGGAUUGUCUGUAAAUAGAUUCUCUGGUGUCUUUCCUCCUUCGCUUUACAAUCUCUCGUCCCUUGAUCUUAUAGGUUUGUCAUUCAAUAAUUUCACUGGAAAUCUCCCAGAAAAAAUAGGCCUUUCUUUCCCAAAUCUCCAAAGACUUUAUUUGGCCAAUAAUUACUUCGUUGGUCCAAUUCCAGUGCCUUUGUCCAAUCUUUCGCAGCUUCUUCGGCUUGAUAUCCCUCACAAUAGUUUCACUGGGAAUGUCCCUAUGAGUUUUGGAAGUUUGCGAAAUUUGUUGUGGUUCAAUAUUCUAGAUAAUAAUCUUGGAAGGGGUGAAUCAGACAAUUUGAGUUUUCUCACUUCUUUGUCCAACUGCAGCCAGUUACAGUUUCUGGACAUAGAAAAUAAUUCCUUUGGAGGUGUGUUGCGAAGCUCAGUUACCAAUCUCUCAACCCAACUGACGAGGCUACUAAUUGGCGGAAACAGGAUUCAUGGAAAAUUACCUGAGGAGAUUUCAAAUCUCAUCGAGCUAAAUGUACUCAGCGUGGAGGGAAAUUUCCUAACGGGUAAAAUUCCGGAUUCCAUUGGAAAGCUAUCGAGCUUGAAACUCCUUCAAUUGGAAUCAAAUCUAUUCACUGGGGAGAUACCCAUUUUCCUUGGCAACAACACUCAAUUGUUAGUUAUUUAUCUCCACAAUAACAGCUUAAGCGGAAGCAUUCCUUCAAGUUUAGCUAACUGUCAAAGCCUGCUAGAAGUGGACCUUUCUCAGAAUAAACUCAACGGAGCCAUACCUAAACAACUAUUUUCCCUUUCCUCGGUCUCAAUAAUUCUUAACGUUUCACAUAACUUUUUGAUUGGUCCCUUGCCGAAGGACAUUGGAAACUUGACAAAUCUUGCCGCUCUUGAUGUUUCCAACAACAAAUUUUCUGGAGUUAUUCCAACCAAUUUAGGAAAUUGCAUUGGAUUGGAAUUACUCUUCAUGCAAGGGAAUUCUUUUGGAGACAACAUUCCUUCUUUGAGUGGUUUGAAAAAUAUUCAGUUCCUAGACCUUUCUCACAACCACCUUUCUGGCCAAAUUCCGCAGUACUUGGCCAUGCUUUCUUCAUUACUAUCUCUGAACCUGUCAUUUAACAAUCUCGAGGGUGAGGUGCCUGUCGAAGGUGUAUUCAGAAGUCCAAGUGCAAUUCAUGUCUCUGGCAACAAAAAGCUUUGUGGGGGAAUCCAAGAGCUGAAAUUACAACCGUGCCCUAUCCAGUCUCCAGAAAAGCCAAAGAAGAAGGCAUCUCUUACAUUGAUAGUGGUGUUGACUAUUGUUGCCUCUUGUUUAGCAUUAAUGGUAUGUUUAGUUUCAUUUUUUUGCCAAAAAAAGUUGAAGAAGAAGCCGCAUUCAGUGCCUUCCUUUGGGCAUGUACACCUGAAAAUUUCUUACGAAGAGCUCCUCAAUGCAACGGGUAGAUUCUCUCCGAGCAAUUUGAUUGGUUCAGGUAAUUUUGGGACGGUGUAUAGAGGAGUUCUUGGUCCAGAUGAAACAAUUGCAGCGGUAAAGGUUCUCAACCUUCAACAGAAAGGAGCUUCCAAAAGCUUUUUUACCGAAUGCCAAGCCUUGAGAAACAUCCGGCACAGAAACCUUGUGAAGAUCCUCACUGCUUGCUCAAGUAUCAAUUUCGAGGGGAAUGACUUCAAAGCUUUGGUAUACGAGUACAUGCCAAAUGGGAGCUUGGAAAAGUGGCUGCAUCUAGAAGAGGGACAACCACAACAGAGAAGAUUAAGCAUUCUCGAGAGACUAAAUAUUGCAAUAGAUGUGGCUUCGGCAUUGGAUUACCUUCAUAACCAAUGUCAAUCACCUGUGGCUCACUGUGAUCUAAAGCCGAGCAAUGUGCUUCUUGACGAUGAUUUCACUGCUCAUGUGAGUGAUUUUGGCCUGGCACAACUCGUAUGCAAAUUUAGCGAGGAAGCAACUAUGAACCAGUUCAGCUCACUUGGGAUUAAAGGAACCAUUGGCUACGCUGCUCCAGAGUAUGGCAUGGGCAGUAUGGUGUCAACUCUAGGAGAUGUGUACAGCUUUGGAGUUCUCUUGUUGGAGCUUUUCACUGGACGACGACCCACUGAUGAUUCAUUUGAAGAUAAUCUGAACCUCCACAACUUCGUCAAAAUGGCAUUGCCCAGUAAAGUACUGGAGAUUGUGGACCGAUCAGCUAUACAGAUUGCCGAAUAUACAGAAAAAUUAAUCGGAGUUGGAUGUUCGACUAAUUCGAGAAGUGAACUGAGCACGUGCUUGGUUUCGGUUUUCCAAAUUGGAAUUGGAUGCUCAUCAGAUUCUCCACAUGACAGAUUAAACAUGAGAAAUGCCGCCAUUGAACUGCUUUCCAUCAGAGAGACAUUUCUUAGAUCUAGAAUGCACAAAGAACAUAAUUACAGUCACGCCCACAAUGCAUGACAGGUCCAUAGAGUUCUCAAAGCAAAGUAAAAGCGAUGAGUGCAAGUGAUGAUCAAUCGGGAACCAAGAAACUGGACUUCGUUUGUUGUUUUUUGUUUCAGUUUUGGAGCCGAUGCUUAUAGUUUACUUCAGUGAUUUCUAUUGCCCUGCAAAAAAUCGUUCGAAUGUAUACUUCAAGUGGCAUGUUUGUGGAU